UAGGUACUCACCCAAAAGAACUGAAAGCAAGGACAUAAACAGAUAGUUGUACACCAAUGUUUGUAGCAGCAGUGUUCACAAUUGCCAAAUUGUGAAAGCAAAUCAAACAUCCAUCAGCAGACGAAUGCAAACACAAAGUGUGGUAUAUAGAUACAAUGAAAUAUUAGCCUUAAAAAGGAAUGAAGUUCUGAUAUAUGUCACUACAUGGAUAAACGUUAAGACGUCAUGUUGCGUGAAACAAGUCAGACACAAAGGGAUAUUGUAUGAUUCUACCCACAUGAAAUAGCUAGAACAUGCAAACUCGUGACAGAAAGAAUACAGGAUGCGAGGAUGGAGUUCAGGGGCAAUGAGAAGUUAAUGAAUAAUGGGUAUAGGGUUUCUGUUUUGGGGUGAUGGCAAAGUUCUGGUAAUGGAUGGUACUGCAACAGUGUUAAUGUGAUUAAUCCCAUGGAAUGGUAUGAUUUGGAGUGGCUGAGAUGGGAAAUUUAUGUUUGUAUAUAUUGUUCAACAAUUUUAAAAAAUGAGCAACUAAAGAGAUGAUGACAAUUGUAAUACCUGAUCUUGGACAAUCUAAUAAUGGAGGAGAAAAGGCUAAAAGGCAUUUUUGGGAAAUAUGAAAAAAUUGGAAUAUAGAUUAUAAGCUUUAUAUCAAUGUUAAGUUUCUCAAACUUUAUAACUAUACUUGAGGUGAAAACAUAAGUGAAUAUACUUGUUCUCAGGAAAUGUACAUUAAAGUAUGAGUUCAAGGACCAUUAUGUAUACGAGCUACUCUCAAAUGUUCAGAAAAUAAAUAAGUAGAUAGACAGACAGGUAUAUAGACAGAUAGAUGGAUACAUUGGUAGAAUCAUGUGGCAAUUGUGGCAUAAUGUUAAAAUUGGGUGUGUAUGUUGGAUUCAUCUGCAUGGGUUUUAUAUUAUUUUUAUAUUAUAUUAUUUUUGCAACAGUUUUAUAAGUUUGUAAUGAUUUCAAAAUAAAAAGUUUUUUUUAAAGGGGGAUUUGCUCAAUAUACUGGUUUGCAAACUUUUUUUAAUAAGAAAAAGGGCCAAAUAGUAAACAUUUUAGGCUCUGCAGGCCAGAUGGUCUCUUUUGCAGCUACUCAUCUCUGCUUCUGUAGCAUGCAAGCAGCCACAGACAGUAUGUAAAGGAAUGGUCAUGUCUGUGUUCCAAUAAACCUUUAAUUACAAAGACAGCUGAUGGGCUGCAUUUGGCCCACAUUUUGCCCAUGGGCUGUCAUUUACCAACCCCUGGACCAAUACAAUGAUCACACUUCACUAUUUUCUUUCCUUCAAAAUAAGUGUCUAUUUUCUCCAUAUUCUUUGGCUGAAUACACCUUCACAAACCUUCAACAGGGAGAUAAAUGUAACCUAAUCACAUUACAGAGAAAGGUUAAAGAAAAAAAUUUGCUCUUAGAACAAGGGAGUAAUGUAAUUUAAAAUUGAAUUUAUUAAUCCAGAUAUUAAACAUUAGAGAGGAUAGAGAAAGUUAAAAAUAUAAACAUCCACUCAAAAAUGAGCAUUUCUAGUGUUUCGAAUCAUAAGUCCUUGUUACCUUGCCUUAGCUUCAGUGACUUCUCCAGGUACUGGUCUGCUGUGAUUGUUUGUCCACCUGCUUCCAAGUCUAGGGAGAAAUCUCUCAGAGUCCACACAAAGUCUGGAAAGAAGCUCACAAAAUCUGCUUGUUUUCAUCAGGUGUGGAUUUUGUCUUGAUUCGCUCAGUCAGCUCUGUCACAUAGCUGAGUAGCUGACUAAGAAAAAGUGGCAGAACAGACAGGACCCCAAUCUCACAUUAUUUCUACAUAUUCUAAAACCUUCAUUUUGCUUUUUCUCUUUACCCAAUUGUCAAUUCUUUCCCCUGCAUUUGAAUUAUUUUUCAUGUCUCUUUUCCUGCACUUGAUUUAGCAGGAUUCACAGUGAAGCAUCUGGUUUAUUUAUACAGGCAUCCCCUCUCUUUUUGGGCUGCUCUGAGCCACAAAAGGAUACUGCAGUUGGUCCAUGGCCUGCUGGUUGAUGGUUCCUGUGCUGUUGUACACGAAAGUGCUGCUCAGGAGGACUGCCAGGGCAAAGAUCCAGGAGUCAUUCUUGUUGUCACCCUUCAAGUCAGAAAGCAUGUAAACCAGGACAAAAUUGACUUACAUAAGCUUAAUAUACUCGCAGCUAUUUUAUUGAGCAAUUAUGUACCUGAUACAUUAUUAAUUUUAUUAAAUAUUCAGAGCAGUACCACAAGGCAGGUGGAGGUCUGUUACAUCCAUUUUACAGACCCUCGGUGUCAAGCAGAACUAGGGUGUGGUUUGUUUCCUUUGGAUGAGGUACACACCACAUCCAGAUUCCCUUGGUGUGAGAUUCCACCGUGGAGCCCAGGGAGAAACCUGCAAAGGGGAAGAGGGAUAUAAGUAGGUGAAGUUUUAAUACCAAGUGGCUCUAGAUGUUGAGACUUUCUCUCCUUACAUCACUGUAUGUAUACAGUGUUGUACAGUGUGGAUGGACAAGAGGGACUCAUUUGAGCUUUCUGGUGCCACUUACCCUUUUUCUUCCCGGCCAGCUUGUUCAUCAGGUAGGAUUUGCCUGUGCGGUACAGGCCCACAAUAGCCACCACGACAAGAGGCUGGUUGAUGGCAGACAAGAUCUUCAGUGCUUCCUGAUCAACCUUCAGUUGCCCUUUAAUGUUCUCAAUGAGGCACACUGGGCCUGGCAUGUGGAUCUCUGAGGCCAUGGCCAGGGUGUUUCCUUAUCUGCGAGGGAAGAGAUGGAAUGGACUGGAUAGUUUAGUCUCUAAUUAGAUCAAGAAUUUUCAGUAAGUUAUUUUGCUUUCUGAAGGUACAGUCAUAAAAUUCCCCAGCAGGGCCAAAAAUUUUACUUGUAUCAGUGAGAUAGUUGAGGGAAAUAUUUGUAUCCUUUUGGAAAGUGACAGAAGUAUUAGAAAAGUAGUCUUUUGAUAAAAUAUUGGUAUGAUGAUUAUUCAUCAACUUUCAACCACUCUCAUGACCAAAAUUUUCAUGUAAUUUAUUGUGGAAAACUUUUAUUUUUGGAUUUUCACUAAAGAAAUCACAUUUGACAUUACAUGGAAAAUAAGAUAUGAUUUAGAGAAAUAUACUUUAUAUAUAGGCUAUAUGCAAGAAAUUCAAUAUUUCUUUCUUCACUCAUUCUUAUAUUAAACAAAUUUUUUUUAUCAUGUGCACAGGCUAAAUGUUAAGUGCACUGUUUCUGACUAGAGUAAUAUUCUCAUCAUGAGAGAAAAUAAAAUCACAUGGUGAAAUAGAUUGUUUAAUACAAUCUUUCACAUACCUCUGCCCUGUCAUUAUUUUGUUUUCUGUCAUUGACCCCAAGUCCUUGGACCCUAUUUAAAUGGCUCCAAGUCCAUGAAGCAUGUCUUAUUGGCUGUCACAUGGUUUUUAAUCUUUGCUGUGCAACAGAAUUCCCAUUUCCCAUGUUCAAAAUCAUAGCUACUUUCUUGAAUCUAACUUUUACUCCACUGUUUUUUUUUACUUAAUUAUUUUUUCAAGUUUUUGCCUCUCAUGUCUAUUUUGAUUCUUCAUCAACUCCAAUGUUUGGUAAUCUAGCUCUUAUUUUAGCCCUAUGUCAUUUGGCUUAUUUAUUUCUUAUCUAAGUUCUGUAUUCAGGCAAGGCAUAUUGCUGUAUUAUCCUGACAGGUGAUCAUAAAGCAUCCUCUGUUGAAUCAUGUCUCUUCUUCUCCAAACUCUGCUUUCUGAAGACUAUUUGUACAUAACUGUAAAGAUAGCUUCUUUCAUAAGAAGUAUAAGCAUCAUGAUAAUCAUAUAGUGCACGAAAUGAGUGAAAAGACUUCCCUUAUUGAUGCCUCAACUUUGUGUUUUUAACUUCUGAUUCAGGAGCCGUAACUCAGUUGACCUUGUUAUAACAUAUAUUAGCCCUGUGAGAGUUGGACAAGUAAAGUCUUAAGUAUUCUGAUUUUCUCUUUUAUCCUACAGUAAAAAAUACUUUGCUGAGACUUCUGCUUCUGGCCAUAAUAGAGUAACAGACACUGGAUUAUUCACUUCACAUGAAACAACCAAAAGAUGGAUAAAUAUAUUAAACAGUGAUUUUCGAGACACUAGACAUCAGUAAUGUUGCUUCAUAUGUUAAAAGAAACGAUAAAGAAAGAAACAAAAGCUGAAAUUUUCUGAAUUUAAUGAAAUCUAUAAACUUACAGAUCCAAGAAGCUCAACAAACUCCAAGAAAGUAAAGUAAAUGUCCCUAAAGCACAUCAUAAUCAAGUUUCUCAAACUCAGUGAUAAAGGGAAAAAUCUCAAAAGAAUCCAGAGUAAGAAGACAGGUUAAGUACAGAGGAACAAAUAUAUGGACAAUAGCAGAUUUCUCAAGGAUACAGUGGAAGCAAGAAGAGGGUGGGGCAACAUCUCUAAAAUACUGAAAAAAAAAUCAACCUAGAAUUCUAUAUUUAGAGAAAACAUCUUUCAGAAACAGAGGAGAGAUCCCACCCUUGCUACUCGGACUUGUAGAACCCUCAUGAUGAAGUGCCUGUUUGUUACUGUGGGGACCACCAGCUUCGACGACCUCAUUACAUGUGUGUCGGCACGUGAUAGUCUCCAAAUCAUCAAGAGCCUUGGUUACAACCGACUUAUCCUACAAAUUGGUAGAGGAACGGUGGUACCUGAACCAUUCAGUACUGAAUCAUUUACUCUGGUUGUUUACAGGUACAAGAAUUCAUUAAAAGAAGACCUUCAGAAAGCAGAUCUUGUUAUUAGUCAUGCAGGUGCAGGAAGUUGUUUGGAGAUUCUGGAAAAAGGAAAGCCACUUGUCGUGGUUAUAAAUGAAAAGUUGAUGAACAAUCAUCAGCUGGAAUUGGCAAAGCAGUUACACAAAGAGGGGCAUCUUUUCUAUUGCACCUGCCACACGCUUCCUGGGCUGUUAAAGUCAACGGACUUCUCAACCCUGAAAAGUUUUCCUCCUGGCCAGCCAGAAAAAUUUUCUGCAUUUUUGGAUAAAGUUGUUGGAUUACAAAAAUAAAUGCUAAACUCUCAACAAUUUAAAAAUACCCCCACAUCCAACCUAUACAAUGUGAUUAAAUCAAGUGUAUAUAUUUGCAGAAUGAUAUAAAUUAAUAAAAUUCCUAUAUCCGUAGAAGGCAUAGAAAAUUUUAUGGUGUGGACAUUUGCAUUUGGGUCCCAAUCCUAACUGCAAUUUAGUAAACCUUGAUUUUCCCUAAUCUUCAUAUUUUAGUAAAAGAGAAGUAUAGUGAGCAUUCACAGGUUUUAUCCUAGAAUCCCAAAUGGUUUUGGAAUCAUGAAAAAGUCAGUUAAAUUUGAAAACUUUUUAAGAAAAAGUUCUUGAUAAGAACUAUAAAUGUAGUUAGUUUGAUGUUCCUUAGAAUAUAAAAUGAAUGAGUGUCAGCACGUAUAACUUCACAGUCGGGGGAGGGGAGGCAAACAAAAAUGAUAGAUUGUGCUCUGUGAAAAAAAUGCUCAAUCAUUGCCUUAAAAAGGUUAACUAUGAAGUCAGUUGAUGUAUUGUACCUAGUCAAACUACUUUCAUCCUGAAGAACAGAGGAGAAUGGCUGUGCUAACUGUUUUCUCUAAACUAUAAAUAGAAAGUGAGAAAAUAAUCUUAUCCAAUGUCAAAACUUUACUGGUUUGAAAAGAAUAAAUUAAAAAAGACUUCUAAAAAAAAAGCAAAAGAGAAAGGCAUUA